UUGAGCUCAGAGUUAUUUUUGUAAACUCUGACAACAACUGGUUAUGGUUUGUUAUAAUCUACAAUAUGUUGCAUGAUCUUUUGCUUUGAGAAGAGUUUUUUCAUCAACUUCUUUUUUGCAUUUUAUUUAUCUUGCUAUUUUGACGAAUAUGCCUUUACAGAAUGCUUCAAUCAAAGUUACAGAAUUUAUUAUAGGUGGUUUUGACACAACCAAAAGGCCUAUGGUAGUUGGUGUGGUUAUAUUGAUUACCUAUGUUCUAGCUGUUCUUGCCAAUAUAGUAAAUAUCCUCUUCAUUAUUUAUGACAAGAGAUUACACAAACCAAUGUAUCUUCUGAUUUGCAACCUUGCUGUUGUUGAUAUACUCUACACCUCCAGUGCCAGUCCAACAAUGAUCGGGGUUCUACUUGCUGGUGUUAAUACUAUAUCCUAUGUGCCGUGCUUAAUUCAAAUGUUUGUUUUCCACUUGGGAGCGGUGAUGGAGAUGUUUGCUUUAACGGUUAUGGCAUUUGAUCGAUUAAUUGCUAUUAGCUAUCCUUUUCAGUACCACAGUUAUUUAACAAAUGUGCGCACUCUUGUCCUUACAUAUAUCCUGUGGAUUGUUGCCUGUGGUUUUGUUGCUGUAAUGCCUGCAACUGUGCUUCCUCUCCCUCACUGCUACUCAAAGCUGAUGUACACUUUCUGUGACUAUGCUGCCGUAAUACGAACUACUUGUGUUGACCCUAAUUACUAUUUCAAUCUGAUUACCAUCAUAUCAUUCUUUCUUUUAUUUUUCACUUUCACUUUUAUUUGCCUGUCAUACAUAUGUAUAAUAUUUUUUGUGAAAUUAUCCUCAAAUGAUGACAAAAGAAAAAUGGGCAGCACUUGUUUGAGUCACUUGAUCGUGGUAACGUGUUACUACUGUCAAUUAUUUGUCCGCUUUGUCUUGACCAGAUUAGGUGUGGUAUUAACUCUUGAGGCGCGCCAUGGCUUAAUGAUCGGAGCCACCCUCGGUCCAUCUCUUGUAAAUCCUUUUGUGUACUGUCUUAGGACGAAGGAAAUGAAAUAUAAGAUCUUUAAGAUAUUCAAACAAGUUUAGACAUUUCAGUAGAUUCUUGUGAACUGUGAAUUAACUUUAUGGAAAACGUUGCACCCUUUGCUGGUGUAAGUAUUAUACUAAAAUGAUUGAAUAUAUUUAUCCAUGCAUUUUCUACACUGUUUAUCCUGUUCAGGGUUGUAAGGGGCAGGAGCCUACUCCAGAAAACAUUGGGUGAGAUGCAGCAAACACCCUGGGCAGGUCAGCAAUCUAUAGAAAAACACAUUCACAUUCGCAUUCACACGUACAGUACCAGCAAUUUAGAGUUUCCAAUUAACCUAAUGUGCAUGUCUUUGGACUGUGAGAGGAAACUGGAGCACCUGGAGGAAACCCACGCAGAGUCAGGGAGAACAUACAAACUCCACACACAAUUGCACCAUCAUAGUAAACUGAAUAUCUUUGGGUUUUGGACAUUUGAAGAAGUCACCUUGGACUUUAUAUAAUUAUAUCCAACAUUUUAUAGACAAAACGAUUAAUCAAAAAAAUAAUCGGCAGAUGAAUCAAUAAAUCAGUACAUAUAUACAGGUAUAUGUGGGUGACAAAUUAAAGGAAAAACCAACAUAAAGUGCCUUAGUAAGGUGUUCAAUGCGCCUUGGCAUUGAUUCUACAAGUCUCUGGAACGCUACUGGCGGGAUGAACACCAUUCUUCCUAAAGAUAUUCCCUCAUUUAUUGUUUUGAUGAUGGUGUUAGAGAGCGCUGUCUUAACACUACGGUCCAAAAUCUCCCAUAGGUGUUCAAUUGGGUUGAGAUCUGGUGAUUGCGAAGGCUAUAGCAUAUGUUUCACAUCAUUUUCAUAGUCAAACUAUUCAGUGACCCCUCGUGCCUUAUGGAUAGGGGCAUUGUCAUCCUGGAAGAGACCACUCCCAUCAGGUUAGAAAUGUUUCAUCAUUGGGUGAAGGUGAUCACUCAGAACAACUUUAUAAUGAUUUGGAAUGACCCUUCCCUCUAAGGGGACAAGGGGACCCAAACCAUGCCAGCAAAAUCCCCCCCACAGCAUAACAGAGCCAACGGAUCCCCUCACUAUUGGUGUCAAACAUUCAGGCCUGUACCGUUCUCUUGGUGUACGCCACACAUGCACUUGCCCGCUUGUCAAGAAUAUGGUGAAGGACCAUCUGACCAUAUCACUUUUGAUAUGAGAUGACUUGAGUUUGGGUUUUGUACCACUAAACUCUCAAAUGUGCAUUCAUCUUUGUAAUGAGGGGUUUAUGCACUGCAACCCUACUAUAAUAUCCCUCUCUAUGUAAUUGUUGAUGGGCUGUUCAGUCUGAUCACUUCCUGCAUUGACAUUCUCAGCAUUUUCAUAUAUGUCACAUAGCAUGAUUGGAUGUUAAUGGCUUAAUUGUACCAUGCAGUGCACCUGUGUGGAAGUAUCUGCAUUUGUUAUGUUUCUCCACUCAUUUAUUCAGGUUUUUACUUUAAUUUGUCACCCCUCUGUAUAUACAGAUUAUGUAUAAAUAUACUGUAUAUAUAAAGAAUUAGAACUAUAUUUUAUGUUAAUGGUAUUCUACUUUUGCAGUUAGUGUGCAAGAAAUGAAUGUAUUGUUCCAGUUUGUACUAAAAGGACAUUAAUUUAAAUGCAUCAUUGGAAAACUACUGCCAGUUAAACCAAAUAGAAAGCAAUAUGUUACAAAUACUGUGACAGACAUAAUAAUAUUACUGUAAUUUGUCCAGUGUUUAUAUAUUGAGUAAACCCUGAUGCUCACA